CCAAAUAAAGUUCGCACUCAGUGGCAUCGCUCAUAAAGUUAAAACAGCUGUAGUUUGUUUACGAAUACUUAUUUGCCAAUGAUAAGAAUUAAUUUGUUUUUUGGACAAAUAUUUGUUCUUAUAAAAAUACAUUAAAAGUGUAAUAAAUUAUAGAUAACCUGGUGUAAUACAUAAUCGUAUACAGUGAAGUAAACAUUUGUUCAAUGGAAAACAAAGCUGAAUAUUCUGCAGAGCCAUCAGAGCCUCAAACCUUUCAAGAACAUAAUGCAUUACUUGAUUCGCCUAUACGUGGUCCCACACUGUCCACAAGUACUUCAAGCUUCGAAGCUUUGGAUCCCCAUGACCCUAAUUUGAGCAAAUUAGCCACGAAAAUGUUUCGCAAGACGGAGGAGUAUAUAAGUAAUGAACUAAACGCUCCACUUGAAGACUACAAGCUAUUGGAGGAAAUGAAUAAAGCCACUGUGGCUAAGUACUCAGAUAUGCAACAAAUUGCUGAAAACCUGAGCGUAUCAACAAAUGAAUUAAGCAUAAAAUUCCAACAAUUGGUUCCAUUAAUGAAGCAAAUCGACGAAAUAUCUGACACAGUAGACAAGUUGGAAGCUGCUGCAUAUAAAUUGGAUGCUUAUAGUAUAGCACUUGAAAAUAGGGUAAAGUCAGUACUUCAACGAAGAACUACUACGCAUUGAGAUAUUAAUUUAUGUAGAACUAGUUUUAGAUUAAUUAAUAAACUAUAUGCAAAAUAAAAGUCGUUUUAUUAU